AUGUUAGAUUUGCUCGCUCGCAAUGGCAUCUCGACGGUCCAGCCGCCCUUGUCGCAGGCAGUUGGCUAUAUCGUUAUCGUUGUUAUCGGCCUCAUUAUUGCUUUGGGUACUAUCCACCACUUUGUUUUUGUUUCAGCACCGAUGGCUAAGGAAAUGACAGUGAUGAUGAUUAUCACCAAGGUUCUCAAGACGACCACCGGCGAGGAUAACGAAAAGACUGAAAUGUUCAUGACGGCCAAUCGCACCGUUCGAACCGGUCUGACCUCUUCGGCAGUCAUCUCUUCAUGGCUGUGGACCACUGCUCUUCUGGGUUCCUCAUUCGUCGGCUAUAGCUACGGCGUCGCCGGUCCAUUUUGGUUCGCUGCAGGGUGCAGCCCAAUGAUCGUGUUCUUCGCCUUGCUGGGUAUCUCUUGCAAGCGAAAGAUCCCCGGAGCGCAUACCUCAUUGGAGGUGGUCCGUGUUCGUUAUGGUCGUACUGCUCAUAUUGUAUUCAUGAUCCUCUGCCUGAUCAAUAACAUCUUCGCGUGCGCCAACAUGCUUCUCGGCGCUGCGGCUGUCAUCACUGCUGUCUCUGGCAUGCAUAUCAUCGCUGCAACCUUUCUGCUGCCUGUCGGGGUCACAGUCUAUACCUUCGUCGGAGGUAUCAAGGCAACCUUCCUUACGGAUUACUUCCAUACUGCGAUCAUUAUGAUCAUCGCAUGCUACUUCUCAAUCAAGGCAUUCUCCAGUGACCAGGUCGGCUCCAUCGGUAACUUGUUCGAGCUAGUUCAAGCUGCGGCCCAGCGCCACCCGGUCGCAGGAAACCAGGAUGGGACUUAUUUGACCAUGAAGUCCAAGGGGGCAAUUCUCUUCGGUAUCUUGCACAUUUGCUCAAACUUCGGUCUUGUCAUUAUGGAUACUAGUUACUUCAUCAAGGCUUUCUCGGCCUCUCCGCGCUCCGUCGUCCCCGGAUAUACGAUCGGAGGUAUUCUUUACUUCGCUAUUCCAUGGGCCCUGGGAACGAUCAUGAGCUCCGUCGCCUUGGGCCUGGAGAACCAACCCACUUUUCCAACCUACCCUCGACGCAUGACUUGGUCGGAGGUUAGUAACGGGCUUGUGCUUCCUUACGCUGCCCAGACGAUAGCAGGUAAGGGUGGUGCAGCCGCCAUCCUGCUCAUUACUUUCAUGUCUUGUACAUCUACGCUCUCUGCACAAGUCAUCGCCGUCAGUUCGAUCCUAAGUUUCGAUGUGUACCGCGAAUAUUUCAAGAAGCUCGCUUCCGACCGUGAAUUGAUCCGCGCUAGUCAUUUUGGCGUUGUCUUCUUCGCGGCUUUCUCGGCCGGGUUCAGUACUAUGCUGCACUAUGUUGGGGUUGACCUCGGCUGGACCUUGUAUAUGCUCGGAAUCGUGACAUGUCCCGGUAUUUUCCCCAUGGUGUUUACUAUUCUAUGGAAGCGGCAGAGCAAGGCGGCGGCUAUCAUCUCCCCAAUCCUCGGCUUCGGAACAGGACUCGGUGUCUGGCUAGGCACGGCAUAUCACUUUGAUGGAGCGGUCUCGGUUGCUUCUACGGGUGAAGUGUUGCCUUGUGUCUAUGGUACGGUGGCAUCUUGCUUCUCACCGGUUAUCUACUCGGUAGUCAUCACACUCAUCCGGCCCCAGAACUACGACUGGGCCGAUUUCAAGAAAGAGAAUCUCGCGCUUGAGAAGCUAGAGAGUAACCUAACCACCGCAAACCAUCACCAUGAUGAAUCCUGUCGAGAGGGAUUCAUCGCCGAGGAUGGCGGUGUACGAAGCUCUGCCUUUGAAACGCAGGAGUUGACGAGAUGGGGCCGUAUUGCAGCAGGCUGGUCUAUCGCAACAUUUUUGGGUCACUGGGUACUUUGGCCACUGCCGAUGUACGGCUCUGGUUAUGUCUUUGGGAAAAAGUUUUACAUCGCCUGGGUCGUGGUUGGCAUCAUCUGGCUAUGGGGUACCAUGCUCAUCACGAUCUUCUAUCCGAUUAUCGAUGGCGGCAUGCAGCAGAUGCUAGAGGUCUACCGUGGAUUGACAGGCAAGUCCACUGACCACGGACCAGAGAAAGGAGACACGAGCAUGUCUCCAUCGUCGCGGUCAGGAGGUUCUGUUGAUGGCGUGCCCCAUUCGAAGGUGCUAAAGAGUGAGAACUAA